AUGGACGUGCAAGUGGAUGCCAUGGAGAUGGCUCUGCCACCGAUCGAAUCGUUCAAGAACUGCGAGUACCAUGUGCGUGUUUCGGGCACGACCGAGCUCGAUCGUCGCGUUAUGUCAUUUGUGGACAAUCUGUGGGGUUUCGAGGUGACCGGUGGCAUCGAUCAGUUCGAACCGCUGACAGUGAUUUCGGUAAAGCGCGAAGGGUUGGCGCGGCGGGCCGGCAUUCGGGUGAAUGAUAUCAUCACAAAGAUCAACGAAACCAAUGCGGACAAGCUGACACUCGCGCAGGCACAGGAGCUGAUCGCGGAAUCGGGACGCACGGUGAAGAUAUUCGUCAGCGGCGAUGUGGAUGAGGAUAGUGAAGAUGAGAUGACGGUGGAUUACUGGUUUAAACCUUAUGGUUUCUUUUCCUCAGUAAACGAAGCGGACCGUUCGAUGUUGGAUUGGGAGGCGCGUCUUCGUGCCAACAGGAAUCCCGACAAAUGGAACGGUUUGUGGCCGUGGAAUGAUCGCAAGAAGGUGGUUUACAAGGAGUCCAACUGCUUUAUGGUUCCAAGCGUAGCGGAAGAAACGCGCGAACGUGAACUGAAGCUGCGCGCCACCGAGGAUCAGUACGAGAAGCAUUUGAAGCAGGAACGCGAACAGGCGGAAAAGAAGGCCGAAGAGGAGCGGCUGGUGGAGGAGGCACGUCGGGCCGAGGAAGAGCGUCGAGCGGAGGAGGAACAGUUUUUCGCUACAUUCGAGGCGGAACAGAAAAAGCGCCAGGAAGAGGAAGCGGCCAAGCGGCUGCAGGGUGAAGCUGAACCGAGCAGUGCCGCGGUCGGGGAUGAAACGGUCGAGCAGGAACAGACGACAGUGGCGGAUGCCGAAGCCGAUCAGUACAUCGAUGAGCUGAUGGAGCAGGAAAAGGUGCUCGGUGAGGUCAGUACGGAUAUGAUCGAACCAGAGGACGGCAGCACGGGAAAUGCUUGA